UACAAUUCCUAAUUAAUGCCCAUUUAUAUUGUAGGUUGGUGCUUGGAAAUAUAAAGUCUUGGAGAUAGCUAGCAGAGGUACUUGGGGUUGUGCUGAAAAUGCUGGGAGAGAAAAAGCAAUUAAUUGUGAAAAGAGACCUUUACACAGAUCCCACUUUUCCAGCCAGUGAUACCUCUAUAUAUUUUAAUUAUUGUACCCCACUUGCACAAUUCAGAGGCGAGAUCUCAUGGUUGAGACCACAGGAAAUUUGUUCGACCCCUCGGUUAUUUUCAGACAAGCCACAGGAUGUGCAAGUAAAGCAAGGGAUUUUGGGAGACUGUUGGUUCCUGUGUGCCUGUAUAGCCUUGCAAAAGAGUAAAUACCUACUAAAUAAGGUAAUCCCUCCAGGUCAGCCUAGCUGGACAGAUGAGUCAUAUCAAGGCUGUUUCACUUGUCGAGUCUGGCAGUUUGGACACUGGGUGGAAGUAACCAUUGAUGAUCGCUUGCCUUGUCUUGGUGGUAAACUCUGCUUUUCCCAGUGUCAGACGGAAGAUUUGUUUUGGCUUCCGCUAUUGGAAAAAGCUUACGCGAAACUGCAUGGAUCUUAUGAACAAUUGUGGGCAGGACAGGUAGCAGAUGCUGUAGUUGAUUUGACUGGAGGUAUUGCUGAAAGAUGGACCCUGAAAGACCCUGGAAGAAACAUGGAGAAAGAGAGGACUGGUAUGGUUUUGGAGAAGAUGGUGUUUAGGAGAUUAAUGAAUCUGAAAGAACAGUGUGUCAUAAGCUGCUCCGUCCUCAAUUCCAGACAAGGCGCAAGUGAACUAGGAGAAUUUCAUGCCUUUAUUGUGAUAGACAUGCUGAAUCUUCCUAAAGUGUCAGGCAAGGAAAUCUUCCUACUACGGAUACGAAACCCCUGGGGGAGGCGAUGCUGGAAGGGUCCCUGGUGUGAGGGUGGUCAAGGAUGGAGCCAGCUGGAUCCAGUAGCUGCCUCAGAAAUGCUCUCUCAGAUCCAAGAGGGAGAAUUCUGGGUUGAUGAAGAAGAAUUUUUUAGGGAGUUUGAUGAGAUUACCGUGAGUUUUCCCAUCAAUGAGGAAGGUCAACUUCAGAGCCUCUAUACAGAGAAAGUGCUGUUUCACUCUCAGAAUCUUUUUGGAUCCUGGGUGAGAGGCCAGUCUGCGGGUGGCUGCCGUAACAACAGCAGCUUCCCUACCAAUCCUAAGUUCUGGCUGAGAGUGUGUGAGAAGAGUGAGGUGUGCAUUGCUCUGCUGCAGAAACACAGGAAAUACAGUCCAGACUGGGCUGGAAGAAUUCAAAAUCUGACUCACUUAGCAGAGGAGAAUCUAUCUUUGACUGAAGGCAUACAAAGAAAUAUACAAAGAAAGAAUUAUCAGGCUGUGGGACUGCAUGUGUGGAAGGUGGAGAAGAAGCGAUUUAACCUUCCAAAGACCCUCUCUGCUCCUCCAGUUGUAGGUACUGUAUGCCAUUCCUAUGACAGAGAAGUACAUGUAUGCUGUGACCUUUCCCCUGGGUAUUAUCUUGUUGUUCCCAGCACUUUUCUGAAGGAUGAAAUAGGGCAUUUCUUGCUUCGUGUGUUUUCAACGGGAAGGAUCUCUCUCAGUGAGAUAAAACCACCACCCACUGAUGCUACCUUCUGUGAAGAAUUCCCAGCAGGUGAAUGGGAGACGGUGCAGCUGCAGGGAUGCUGGAAAAAUGGUCAAAGUGCUGGAGGUAGCAGGAACUUCCCCUCCUUCCAUAUCAAUCCCUGCUUUCCCCUCUCCAUUCCUGCAGGACCGGGAAAAAGCAGUGUGAAAGUUACCCUCCGUCAGCACUGUCAAGAUAGCAAGUGUCGUCCAAUAGGUUUCCAUAUUUUCCAGGUACCUAACAGCAAUUGGGAACCACAUACUUCCUCUUUUAUACACUUGGAGCCACUGGUUAGCUGUGUACCUCACUGCUAUUCACAGGAAGUAAGCCAACUUUGCAGACUUCCUGCAGGAAGUUACAUAAUUAUACCUUCUACGUACUUGCCAAAUACAGAAGGCAAUUUUACAAUAAUCAUAGCAACCAAGAUAGACAGGAAGCGCAUUCACAGCCAGGAGACACUUGGACAGGUGUUACAAGAAGUCUCCUUUACAACUGUGAUGAAAAGGUAGUCUGGAAUUCUCACACUGUCGUUUUGGGAAACACUGGAAAGCCAAGGAACGUCUCACCUCCUGCUGUUUCCAGUUUUAAAUGGAGUAACAAGAAGAUAAUCUUAGCCCAGUUUUUCACUGAUACCAACUGUCAGGCCUACAGUGACUUCUCUGUAAAAAUACCUCCUUAAUCAUACACACUCUGAAUAUUUGUUCUUUCUGUACUUUUUGGAACCAGCAUUGUACAGCGGGUCUUCAUAAGGUACCUCAGUUCUUCACAAAUGCAGGUGGAGAAUACGUGCAUGUUUUAAUCCAUGCUACCGUUUUAGAAGAAAAGCAGAAAAACGUAUAUGCAUAGUGAAAUAAUAUUUGGGA